AUGGCUCCCUCGCCAACUUCCUACCGUCCCCGACAAAAAAAGAAGCUACCAACAACCUUCUCCGGCACCAACAAUAAUGACUUGAUCCUCGACGCGGGCUCUCCGCAUGCGGCUCCUGCUUUCCCACUCGUUUCGUUCAUGUGGUUUGCGCGCGGCGCAACUUCGCAAUGGGUUAUACUUCCGUUGAUUCUUAUGGUGGUGGGAUUGUUUCGGUGGGCUGUGAGUUUGUGGGGGUAUUCCGGGUUCAAUGUGCCUCCCUUACACGGCGACUUUGAAGCUCAGAGACAUUGGAUGGAGUUGACUAUGCAUCUGCCGCUCACGAAAUGGUACUUUUAUGACUUGCAGUACUGGGGGCUCGAUUAUCCGCCGUUGACGGCAUACCAUAGCUGGUUAUUGGGGAAGAUCGGCUCACUGAUUGAUCCGGCCUUCUUCGCUCUCGACGCAUCGCGGGGUAUCGAGGAUCCCCUUCUCAAGCUCUACAUGCGCGCCACUGUUAUCGUAUCGGAAUAUCUUGUCUUUAUUCCCGCAGUUGUGCUUUUCGCACGUCGCUACGGUCGUCUUCUUGGGGUGCCGAUGUGGUCAACCUCAAUAGCAAUGGUUGCUAUCUUGAUGCAGCCUGGAAAUAUUCUUGUUGACCACGGUCAUUUCCAGUACAAUACUGUCAUGUUGGGACUUGUGGUGGCUAGCAUUGAGAGUAUACUGACUGCUCGACUACCAUUAGCAUGUGCAUUCUUUGUUGCGGCAUUGUCCUUUAAACAGAUGGCUCUUUACUAUGCGCCCAUCAUGUUUUCGUUUCUCCUGGGAAGUUGUAUCUUCCCGCGUAUACGGAUUGGGCGGUUCUUGUUCAUUGCUUUGUCGACAGUGGCGGCUUUUGCAAUCAUACUCGCACCAUUCAUUGUUGCAUCGCUGAAUGACUGGACUCAUGGGAACGCAUUGCCCGGCCAGUUACCGGCCCUCAUCGCAGAUUUUCCUGUUGAAUUAGAUGAGAAAGCUUGGUAUUAUGCACCACUUCUCCAACUCGGCCAGAUUGUCCAUCGCAUAUUCCCCUUUGCGCGCGGAUUGUUCGAGGACAAGGUCGCAAAUGCUUGGUGUGCUAUCCACACAUUCUACAAACUACACCGGUUCCCCGCGUCGUUGUUGCAGCGCGCAUCCCUCGCCGCGACUCUGGCAUCAAUCUCAAUUCCUUGCAUCGUCAUUUUCCGGUAUCCUCGCCCCCAAUUCCUCUUACUUGCGCUCAGCAGCUCCGCAUGGGGUUUUUUCCUCUUCUCUUUCCAAGUCCACGAAAAGAGUGUCUUAUUACCUUUACUUCCUAUGACCCUUCUAUUCACUGGAGACGGCGGCCUGAACAAAGUCAAUCGUGCCUGGGUUGGUUGGGCCAAUGUUCUCGGCGCAUGGACAAUCUACCCCUUACUUAAACGCGAAGAACUCCGUAUCCCAUAUUUUGUCAUCACUCUCCUAUGGGCGUACCUGUUGGGACUGUUCCCUACUUCGAUUGAGAUCUUCCGCUCACGAAAUAUCACGACCACGACCAAAGAGGCCUCCGUGAGUGGACUUACGGUGUUGAUUCAUACAAUCUUUUACCUGAGUAUGAUUGGCUGGCAUAUCCUCGAAGAAUUCGUGCAACCGCCGGCCAACAAACCAGAUCUGUGGGUUGUACUGAAUGUGCUUAUUGGCGCGAGCGGAUUUGCGUUGGCGUAUCUCUGGACGACGGGCAAUUUGAUCGCGCAGGCGUAUAGAUUGAAGGAGAAACCGACUGGGGAUGUGAAGAAGAAGACUCAAUAA